AUGAUGCGUCGCGUUGAAGCUGCCUACGUGGAUUUCGGGAGAUGCUCUAACGCCGAAUCGGUUGCUAAGAUGGAACUAUCUACGGAUUUGGUGAAAUCGACGCUGCAGUUGCGAGCCGACGAUGCCGUUGAGAGAUGGCAGGAAAUGCGUGAGGAGAAGAAAGAAGCAUAUGAGCGCUACUGGCGAUUGGCGUCGGCGGCUACGGCGCAGACGUUAGGGCAGGUGGAGACAAAGGAGCAGCUCGUCAGAGAUUUCGAAAGGGCUAAUUAUGGGAAAAAGCCCAGGACGGUUCCCCGCCUGGCACAGGUGCCGUCGGCCGUCGACUUCAAACCGUACUACAAGAAGCGGGACUUUGACGGGGCGUACUACAGGAUGCCCGACGACUCUGACACCGAAGUCACCACGUCUGAGAAUCCUAGUGAAGCGAUCCGCCGCGUCGAGGCCGCGUACCUGGAUUUCGGGAGGUGCUCGGCAGAAGAAAGCGCGGCAACUUCGGUCUUGGCGACAGAAACGCUCACAUCCGCUGAGCAUGAUGUGCCCGCGCUGCCCAAAUGGUUCCAGCUGGCACUGUGCGAGGGCGAGCGUCAAGCCCGCGAGCUUUACGAGACGGCCACCAUCAAAGACCUCGCCAAGGUGGUCAAGAGGACGCUGCGGGAGCGCGUCGACGACGCCAAAGAACGGUGGGAAGAAACGCAGGAGGAGACGAAGGAGGCAUUUGAGCGCUACUUGAACUUGAAGGAUGACACGAAGAGGUGCAAGUAUAAGCAAGCCGACUGUCGCAAAGACACUCUGGAGCUGUAUUCCAACUUCAACGAGAUGUUUCUUCCGGAGCCGAAGGCCCGAUUCGUGCAGGUGUCCGCCCACGAGUUCUUGCCCGCCCCGCCCGCUGCCACCAGUGAAGAAGCCCUCUCGGUUAAGCCGGCUACCGUGAAAAGUGGUCUCAACGUCGGCCCUAUCCCCACCAUCAUCAACGCCAACAAGUCUAACAAUUCGACCUCCCCGAAGAAGAAGGAUCGCAAAUCACCCAACAAGUCGAACAAGGCGGACGAGUCGAAGAAGACGGACAAGGAGUCGCAAUUCCCCGAGGAAGACGACAAUGGCGGCGGCGAUCCGAUGAUGCGCGUC